AUGACAUCCAAAAAUUCGGCUUCACCAUCAGUGGGAUCAACCGCGAGCGGUGUUCAUCAACGGAACUCAGAUGAUAUUGGUUGGGAAUAUGGGUUUUGCCCGGAUAAAAACAAAAUGGAUACAAUGAAAUAUUUGCCAAAAUACAAGGAAAAAGUUGAUAGAUUUGGAUCGGAUCUUGCAAUUAAAGGUUGUAUGGUGAACAAUGCCGACUUUGAUCCGGCAAGAUGGUGGGGACUUUUUGGUGGCUCAACUCCUCAUUUGAAAAGGAUUGCAAUGAGGAUUCUUUCUUUAACUAGUAGUUCAUCGGGUUGUGAAAGAAAUUGGAGCACGUUUGAAGCAGUACAUACAAAGAAACGUAAUAGAUUGGAGACAAAUAGAUUGAACAAUCUUGUUUGUGUUCAAUUCAAGGCUAAUCUAAUGGAAAAAAACAAAAAGAGAAAAGAUAGGACUUUGGAAGUGCUUUUAGCAAAUGAUUCUCAUGCAGCUCAAGAAUGGAUGGUAGAUGGAGAUGAAGUUGACCCCGAAUCAGUGAUGGAAGCAAUUGAUGAAGCUCUUGGGACUAAUAAUAAUCAAGUACCCCGUAAAAGUUCAACACCGAGAGAACUUUUUGAUGAAGAUUUCGAAUCUGACAAUGAGGAGCAAAUGUUUGAAGAAGAUGAAUAUGAGUUGGAUGGAGUUAAAAUAGUGGAAGAACUUGAAGAUUAA